UGAGUCUGAGCGCAGCGGGCUCAGUCCUCAGGUCAGGACCCCAGCCCGAACAACCAUGCCGAGCAAAAGCCAGUGUCUGCGCCCGCGGCUGUGCACGCUGGAGAAGGGGGACAACGGCUACGGCUUCCACCUCCACGGGGAGAAGGGCAAGACGGGCCAGUUCGUCCGGCUGGUGGAGCCCGACAGCCCGGCGGAGACGUCCGGGCUCCACGCCGGAGACCGGCUGGUGUUCGUGAACCGGGAGGACGUGGAGAACGAGAGCCACCAGCAGGUCGUGUCCCGGAUACGAGCCACCGUGGGCCGCCUGGAGCUGGUGGUGGUGGACCCGGACACCGAGCAGCUGCUGAAGAGACACAACAUGAAGUGUCUGUGGGAGUAUGUGGCCGACGGCGUCCCGCUGCCCUUCGAGGAGGAGGAGGACGAGGAGAACGAGGAGGAGGAGGAGGAGAGGGGCGACGGGACGGUUAACGGGGAUGAGGUGAUGGAGGAGAAGGCGAUGGAGGAGGAGGAGGAGGAGGAGGAGGAGGAGGAGGAGGAGGGAGAGGAGGAAGGGGAGAAGGAGCGCGUGGGGACACCGAGGGACUCCACGCCCGUGCCGGAGAGGAACGGAGAAAUCUACGCGCGCGUCGAGAAGAAGCUGAGCAUCGGGUCUGAGAAGGAGGCGCCGAGCCCGGAGGCGCCGAGCCCGGAGCUGAGGCCGCGGCUCUGUGUGAUCCAGCGGGGGCCCAACGGGUUCGGCUUCAACCUGCACAGCCAGCGGGCCCGGCCGGGCCAGUACAUCCGAGCGGUGGACGAGGCCUCCCCGGCAGAGAGGGCGGGUCUGCUGUCCCAGGACAGGAUAGUGCAGGUGAAUGGCCUGGUGGUAGAAGGGAAGACGCAUUCGGAUGUCGUGGCCGCCAUCAAAGCCGGCGGGCCGGAGGUCCGUCUGCUGGUGGUGGACCCCGACGCGGACGCCUUCUUCAAGAGGUGCAGAGUGGCCCCCGGCGCGCACCACCUCUCCGGUCCUCUGCCUGAGCCGGUCCUUAAUGGAGGAAUGGAGGAGAAGGUGAACGGCAGAGGGGCCAAAGAGGCAGCGAGGGACUCAACGCUGUCAGUCAGUCCUUCUCCAUCCAACACCUCGUCCAACACGUCGCUCGUAGCCCCGCCCACCGACACCCCGCCGGAGGGUUUCACGCCGGACGCCAUCCCCGCGCUCAACCUGUCCCUGCAGCAGGUGAAGGAGCUGGCGCACCAGAAGCGCUCCAACAAGAGGGCGCCGCCGAUGGACUGGACCAAGAAGAACGAGCUGUUCAGCAACCUAUAGGAGAGAGACGCGGCCAAAGAGCACGUUAACUGUUGGCAUCAGACAAAUCAAAGGCGUAGUCUUCUCCAUUAUUACUCUCCAUGCGUUUAUAUAAUCCAGAUAUUAAAUAUAUAUAUAUAUAUAUAUAUAUAUA